AUGGCGGAGAAACAGCGACAGGUUUUAAUGCAGAUUGUUCAGAAACCUGGAAACAAUACUUGUGCUGAUUGUGGGGAUAAAGAUCCAGAAUGGGCCUCUUGUAAUAUUGGUGUGUUUCUGUGUCAAGAAUGUGCUGGUAUACACAGAUCACUAGGUACAGAUAGUAGAGUUAAAUCAGCUAGAUUAGAUAAUUGGGAUGCUGAACAAGUAGAGUAUAUGGAUGGUGUUGGCAAUGAAAAAGCUAAACAGAAAUAUGAAUAUUGUGUUCCUGUAUUUUAUCGAAGACCAAAAUCAAAUGAUUACAACUUUUUAAAAAAGGAAUGGAUUCUAGGAAAAUAUCAGAGAUUGGAAUUUAUGGAAUCAGCCAAUCAAAGUGCUUAUAGUUGUCAACGGAAAGAAGGUGUAUUAAUGAAAUUAGGUCGUGACAGACGAAUUUUCCAGUUACGCAAAUUUGUGAUUGAUAGAUCUGAAAAUAGAUUAUCAUAUUAUAUUAUUGAGGAUUCUGGGAAGACCUCGUCUAAACCUAAAGCUGAAAUUAACCUAGAUGAAGUAAAUGCUGUAUUUGUACCAGAAAAAAUAGGCAAUCCAUAUGGUCUUCAGAUAACCUAUUAUAAAAAUGGCUCAACUAGAUGCUUAUAUGUUUAUUCAGAUAAUUCUAAGGAAAUAGUUGACUGGUAUAAUGCUAUCAGAGCUGCUAAGUUGGAGAGAAGACAAGUUGCCUUCCCAGACAGACCACUGGCAAAAUUGACUGAUGAUUUAACAAGAGAUUUUACGUUAGAAGGCUGGUUAUGUAAAAUGGGACCUAGACAUGAACCAUUUAAACGACGUUGGUUUACCCUGGAUAAAAGAAAGUUGAGCUACUUUGAGGACCCUUUGAAUGCCUUUGCUAAGGGUGAAGUGUUUAUUGGCCAUAAAGAUAAUGGUUAUAGUGUGAGUUUUGGACCACCAGAAGAUGAAUCUAACUGUGGUGAAAAUUGUUUCCAACUUCAUACCCCUGAUAGAGAUUUUGUUAUGAGAGCAGAAAUUAAGGAUGAAAUGGAUCAAUGGGUGGAGAAGUUAAAACAGGUUGUUGAAAUGCCAUUGUCACCUCAAGAUAGCAAAUGUAAGUUGUUGACUGAUUGUUCUUAUUGA